AUGGAACAUGUCGUAAAGUGGAAGGCCAUUCGCGAUCAAGCGAUUACCGUCACAGGCACCACUAUCUACAUCCCUCAGUCGAUAUAUCAACCAUACACAGAGGCGGAUCGUGUGCGCUACAUCGAGAAAGCCGAUCUCAAGGAGCCCGUCAUCUUUAAGACAGCACAUCCUGACCAGUGGGGCAUAGCACUCGAUGACGCCCUGAAAGCUAAGAUGAAAAACCUUCUCGAUAAAGAUGACAAGAUGCUCGAGAACUGCGGGCCCUCUGUGUCUAUCCGGCUUCAGUGGCCCGGAUACCGUGCAUGGACCAGGCAGAUCCCCACGAUGGACUUCAAAAGUCCGAAAGGUCCUAUCACCAGAGCUAAGUUGGCUAAAACUAUCGCCAACUGCGUGAAACGAUUCAUCGAAGAGAAGGAAAUGGAACGUAUGGAAAUGGAGGCAGACCGCAGGUGGAGGGUUGGAACACGCUACAUCAGAAUGGAGGACCUUAUCUUGGUGUCCUUGCACCACAUCUCUAAGGGCAGUUGGCAGCCUCAGCUACGUCUACGCACUGCACUAGGUGACAUUCAACUCCGGCGCCUUCAACCUCAAGCCCCACUUUCCAUCGCAUAG